CCAAUGAAACAUUUGCCGGAAUUUAGCGACUGCACAAAGAUCAAAAAGGUCACAGUUAGAAAAUUUCUUCGGAAUAACGGAUUACUUGCAUCAGAAAAUCAUUGAAGAUAAUGAUCACAGGAAUAAGAAUAGUUGUCUGUAUCCUAAAAUGUGUUGUGCAGUCUAUCCCAAUUGUUGGACCAUUAUUUUACAUCCGAAGGAAUGUACAAAUUCUCAUACCAAUAGUAACCAGGACCACAAAAGAUUUCUCUUCAGCAAUCCAAAGCUUAUGUAAAGAUAUCUCAUUUACAUGCACACUUUGCUAUGAUAUCGGAGAACUAUCUGAGGAGUAUCCGGUCGUUGUUGUGUGCCAGGUAUCUUCCAGGUUAGAGCCGGACAUUGACUUAGCAAUAAAUAGAGUUACAUGUGAAAGGUUCGCUGUUCUUCUUCUCCAUACUGGCUUAAAAAGUUCCUUGACAAAUGUAUCGACAUCUAUUAGACUAGUCAACAUUAACAGGUAUCAUAAUGUUGAGUUCAUUGAUGUCGCUUACAACAUGGACUCAAAAUUAUACAAAUGUGAGAUGAAUGAUUCUGCAAAAUUUCAAUUACAGGCAUUUUUUGAAAGCUUCUACGGGACAUCUGUAUCUGAACACAUAAAUCCUUUAAGAAGAUUAGGAGGACUUAUUCGUUCUUUCUUUAUACAAGUCUUACGACGCAUCAUUGGAUAACCAUUCGCAAACCUAUUUUAAGGUAGAACGCGGCACUUUCGAGUAGCGUCUUAAAAAUUGGCAUUGCUAAAGUUGACCAUAUUUCUGAUUUAAUUCCGUUGAUUUUAUUCCAAUA